UCUAUAACUCGUUGGGCUCGGGGGACACAUGCGUGCUGUCGUACCCUGAUCAAGGCGCCCCAGUCUAGGCCGAGUCCGUUGUUGAGUCAGUGUUUCACUGCCUACGCACGCAGACCUUUGUGUGUCUUUGUGUUCAAUUCAGCCUUUUCACUUGGUACAAUUAUCCAAAUAUUUUCAGUAAUAUUUCUGCUCCUAUUAACAUACCAGCAGAGUUGAAGUCCUGGUAGGGGACACAUACAUAGCAUGGCGUGAGACUUUGAAAAACUACAGAUCCACGAGAAGAUUCAACGAAGCAGUCGUCAUGCCAACAGCAGUGCCCCGUCCCUGGUCCACCCAGUACAAGGACACCUAUAAGAGGAAGAAUAAUAAACGGGUGACUAUCAAGGCCACGCCCAUUACAUACCCAACCCCUCCUCCCAGCAAGGGUCCAUCGGGUGGUCAUGUAUCCCUCCUUCAAGCCAGGAGGUCUGCUGAACAUCAUUUCAAGGCGGAUGGUGUACCCAGGGUGGUAUACCCUGAGCAAGAUUCACCUGUUGCUCAUCACUGGAGUGAAUGGCCCGAGCGUAGACCAGUUGACGUAAGCUGUCACCCACCUCCCCGCCCCCACACAAACAUCGGCAUCCACCGCGUCCCAACCCCGUACUUAUCAGUACCCGGCGACAUCGAAGACAGGCCCCACACCGUUCACCCUGGGUAUGCGUUUGGAGAUUCUGAGGCUCUAGAGAAAGGAUCCCCGCUGACUUACGUGCCUGAGCUGAACUCCUGGGUCACCAACGCUUCCACAGACUACGAGAAGAACGCUGCCUGUAAAGUGAGCAACACGAUGAACCGUGGAAUGUCCUCCUACCAGCGGUCCCGCAGUAUGUCCCCUAUGAGGACCCGACCCUACUUCGGCCGCUCCCUGACCCAGGGGGAGGGUCUUUACUUUCCCCAGCCAGACAACCAAUACGCCCCGACGUGGAACCCCUACAGUAACGGCUUCAACCAGAUGGACAACUCCGGCAUGGCCAGACACUUAGAGAGCGCCACCCCCAUGGCUAACUACACUAUGUACCCCCAGUCUGCCCGGGAGUCAAGGCCCAUGGGCCGCUACAGACGCAGAGCAUCCUUCAGCAAGGACUACGUCCAUGAUCUCAGCUGCUUCCAGUCGACACAGCCAAUGGUGACCGGUCACUUCAUCAUCCACCCUGACUGGGUGUCCGAGCGAAUGACCCCCCGGAGAAAGCAGACCAAGAAGAACCAGUUACAGUACUAGCCCCGUGGCUCCCCACGCUCAGGGGUGGGCCAACCUUGAGGUCAGGAAGAACUGUGAUACAACGCCUAGUCUACAAUCUAAUUUUAAACUGCGGAAGUAAAUAAUUGCUUCUGACCAAAAAAAAAUGUGUAUUGAAACGAGUUUCGUAAUUCAUCCCGUGUUUCCAUGUCUGCGCUAGUAUUACCAGGCCUAUUAUUGUAUCGAUCUACACUGUUAUAUACUGUGUUUGCUCAAACAUUUCAGCUGUGAUGACUAGCUACUGUGUAGCCACACUACUGUUAUAUCACGGCUUUAGCUCCAAAACACUGCUGCCAGCUCAAUCUGCCUACACUGACUCUGAAUACAAUAGGAGUAAAUCUGUUAUGAUGAUUUCACUUGUAUUAUCCAUUAACAAGAGCAAUCUAAGUUUAAAUUUGCGAUGUGGCUUAAAUAGUAGAGAGGAUUUUGUAUCCCAUCUGCUUUUCUAUAAGGAUAAAUCGAAACAUAAAUAUCCCGACAAUUGAAGCACCGUAACAUAUACUGAGAGAAACAAAUACGGGAACACGUGAAAGUAGAGAUGUUUCUUUAUUCGUCUCUUCUCUUUCUUCGCAGGCUUUGUAUUGCACUGUAGGUGAAAAUCUGAGAACAAAUAAAGAAACACUGCGGUGAAGUGGUGUUUCGUUACUUGUUCAAUAUAUAAUCCUGUGAUGUUCAGGAGUAGAUGGUCCCCACAUAAAGGAGAUCAGGAACAUGGCGUCCUUUGGACGCCGACGUUCGGGAAGAAAUUGUCCAUUGCACAAAGAAGGAUGAUGUUAAUCCAAACAUAUUACACGUUAACUGCGUCUCUGUUGUGGCCCGUUGGAUGUUCAGGAAUUGCCAUGACAUUACAUCUGCUACAUGUAGAUCCUGCUACGAGUUGGCCACUUCCUAUGUUGUCCCAGUUCAAUUUGUUGUUUCCCAUGUCUGAGAUUGUCAGACUUACUGUCAGUAUUACGGCAUUUGCCUCUACAGUAUUGCAUAAGUAUUCGUUUGCGUUUCUUGUACAGAUUACCAAAUUAUGAUAAAUUAACUUUCUUGCAUGAAAAUAACUUGUUACAAUUGUUUAUUCAUUCUUUUUUCAAAUUUCAAUAAAAUUUUAUUAACAAAA